AUAUACAUACAUACGUAUUUACAUCUCAUUCUUGUUUACAAAACGUCUGCUGGGAACCCAUUGACUACCUUAAGGAUUCCUUGCAAUUUAAAAUGGCAUCGGGCUUGGAAGCCUAUAUUAAUCAUACAGUGUCUAUAAUAACUGCGGAUGGACGCAAUUUUAUCGGAACGCUAAAAGGAUUCGAUCAAACAAUAAAUGUGAUUCUCGACGAGUCUCACGAGCGUGUGUUUUCGACAACUUCAGGUAUCGAACAGAUAGUUUUGGGGCUGCAUAUUAUACGUGGAGAUAAUAUUGCAGUGAUUGGACUAAUCGAUGAUCAAAUUGAUUCACGUCUUGACCUGGCCAAUAUACGGGGGGAACCGCUUGGUCCAGUUGUACAUUAGGUCUAAGAAAUAAAGAACACAGUAUGAGGUUAUUAUAA